AUGAACUGCAUACCAACUGGAAUAUCUGCGAUGAAAGGGGGAGAUGGGCCGUAUAGUUACACUAAUAAUUCUUCAUUUCAGAGACAAGGAGUGGAGACUGCCAAGGUCUUGAUCAAUGAGGAUAUUGCUGAGAAACUUGAUAUAAAUGAACUCAUUUCUUCUGCAAAAUUAUUCAAUAUUGCGGAUCUGGGGUGUUCUGUUGGACCCAACACAAUCAUUGUGGUGGAAAACAUUAUAGAAUCUGUGAAACUCAAAUACCAAUCUUUUUGCCAUAAUAAUCAAGGAGCUCUAGAAUUCCAGGUGUUCUUUAAUGACAUUCCCUCAAACGAUUUCAACGUGCUGUUCAAGUCUUUUCCUUCUGACAGGCAAUACUAUGCGGCUGGUGUACCAGGCCUUUUUCAAGGUCGCCUGUUUCCCAAGGCAUCUCUCCAUUUUGUCCACUGCUCAUAUGCAUUGCAUUGGCUCUCAAAGAUUCCAAAAGAGUUGACAAAUAAAACUUCCCCUGCAUGGAAUAAGGGGAGGAUUUACCCUGCUAAUGCCUCGGAUGAUGUUUGGGAGGCUUACUCAGCUCAGUUUGCCAAGGACAUUGAGUCCUUUUUGAAUGCCAGGGCACAAGAGCUUGUCUCUGGAGGGCUCAUGGCCCUUAUCAUAUCAUGCCUUCCUGAUGGGAGUUCUGUGAAAUUUUUUGACUUGGGAUUCAAUGAUCUUUUGGAAAAAUGCCUCAAUCAAAUGGUUGUUGAGGGGGUGGUAAGUGAAGAUAUGGUGGACUCCUUCAACCUCCCACAAUACCACCCAAGUAAACAAGAGGUUUGCACUCUGAUACAAAGAAAUUUGUGCUUCAGCAUCGAAAGAAUGGAGCCCUUAGUUCGUCCUGCAAGGAAAGGAAUUGCUCCAACUGUGGAAAUGGUGAUCUCAACCCUCAGAGCAGUUUAUCAAGAAAUUAUUGCAGGCCACUUUGGAGAUGAUAUUAUUGAUGAGUUGUUUGAUCGGCUCAAGAAGAAAGUUGUAGUCUCCGACAUCUUGUCACAAUCUACCGACAAGUCAUGGAUGCUUGAAUUAUAUGUUCUUCUCAAGCGUAAAGUAGAUUAA